AUGGCAGCUUCAAAGCGCAAAGAGAACCCCAAUUCAAAGCUUCCUACCGGCAGUAUCCCGAAAAAGCCGAAGAAGGAAGAAAAGCUAGCGAAGAGCUCGAAACGCGUACAAGAUUUAGAGACCGCCACGGAUUCCGAUCCUCUAGUGGAGUCAGACACUACGUCGCAAAGUGGCGACAAUGAUGGUGUUAGCUGGCCGUCAGAAGAGGGGGAUGAGGAGGGCGAAAUUUGGGAAGGUAUUGGAGUUGCAGAGGACAACGAUGAUGGAGGGGUGAAGAUCGCUGCAGAGGCAGCGGGUGCAUCGCAGUCAGCGAAGAAGCCCACUAAUGCAAAUGGCACUGCAUCAGGAAAUACAUCUAAAGAAGCACACGCAAAGCAAAAGGUCGAAAAGCAAGACCGCAAAGCCGCCAAACCCAACGCGGACUCAAUAGCCCGUUCGAAGAAGCUAUGGGAGCGCUUACGGCGAAAAUCUCAUGUUCCAAUAGAGGAAAGAAAAGGCCUGGUCACAGAGCUGUUCGACAUAAUUACCGGGCGAGUCAAAGACUUUGUUUUCAAGCACGACUCUGUCAGGGUCAUCCAAACGGCUCUCAAAUACGCCAACAUUGAUCAGCGGAAGAUGAUAGCGAGGGAACUGAAGGGGGAGUAUAAGACAUUGGCUGAGAGUAAAUACGCAAAGUUCUUGAUCGGAAAAAUGCUGGUACAUGGCGACGAGGAGACUAGGGACAUGGUCGUGCCGGAAUUUUAUGGCCACGUGAGACGUAUGAUCAAACAUUCAGAAGCUUCCUGGAUACUGGACGAUAUAUACCGCGGUAUUGCAACGCCUUCACAGAAGGCUACGCUGCUACGGGAGUGGUAUGGCGCCGAAUUUGCUCUAUUCAAGUCCAGCGAGGCUGGCCCAGUAUCCGCAGACUUGAAGAAAUUACUUGAAGACAAUCCAGAGAAAAGGACGCCUAUCAUGCGAUCUUUACAUGACCUAAUCAACCUACUUGUGCAGAAGAAGACUACAGGCUUUACGAUGCUCCACGACGCUAUGCUCCAGCAGUUCCUCAACCUGGCGCCCGGAAGCGAAGAAGCUACCGAGUUCAUCGAGCUCUUGAAGGGUGACGAAGAAGGUGAUUUACUCAAGAACCUUGCCUUUACUAAAUCUGGCGCUCGUCUCGUCUGCCUGGUUCUCGCAUACGGCAACGCGAAAGACCGAAAACAAAUCCUCAGGACGUACAAGGAGACAAUGAAGACACUGGCGUAUGACGCUUACGGGCAUCAAGUCCUUCUCGCCGCCUACGAUGUCAUCGACGAUACAGUCCUAGUCUCCAAAUCCGUUUUUACCGAACUCGUAGGCAAAGAACCACUCUCAGAGAGCCAACAGCUGGAUCUACUACAAGCUGUCAACCAUCUCAAUGCACGUGUGACGGCUCUGUACCCAUUCUGCGGCAAAGCGAAGGCGAUUCUGCCGAACGAGGACCUGAAGCUACUCGAUGAGAUCCAUAGGAUUCGGAGUACAACAUCGAAGAAGGAUCCCGAGGUCAGGCGGAAAGAGCUGGCGGCAUCACUUUCACCGCCUUUGCUUUCACUAAUAGUUUCACGUGCGAAGGAGAUGGUAUCGACCAGCUUCGGAUGUCAAUUCAUUGGUGAAGUACUUCUCGGCGCUCCUGGAGGAAGAGAGCUUGCUGUGAUAGCCAUUGCUGCGUUGGCAAAAGGUGAUGACGGGACCAAGUCUUUGUUGGAAUCACCUGCCGCGGGAAGAAUGUUGAAGAGCCUAGUGCUGGGUGGACGAUUCAAUCCCACUAAAAAGGGAAUCGACCUCGCAGAUCCCCCGUUGGAGUUCCAUGAUGUCUUUUACAGCGCGAUCAAAGAUGAAAUUUUGGAUUGGGCAACAGGUGCUAAUUCGUUCGUUGUGGUUGGAUUACUGGAAGCGCCGGGUUUUUCUCAUGUGGAAGAAUUGAACGAAAAGUUGAGAAAGGGGAAGAAUAGGCAGAAGCUUGUUGAAGCGGCUGGGCCAGCUGGGGAGGGAGGCGUUAAGGUGAAGGGCAAGAAGCCGAAAAGGGUCAAGUCUGAGGAUGAGGCGCCUGUGAAGACCGGGAAUAAGGGAACUCAGCUUUUACUUAGGAAACUUGAUGGGAAGUAA